CGCCGUGUGGAUAACAAAAAAGGCACUGUUUGAUGCACGUAAAUAUCACGCGCUUUAAACGAUGAUAAAUAGAAAUGACUACAUACUUGUAAUUAUUAUUAGUAUCGAGUUUCUGAGUGUUUCUUUCUUACUUUAUGGUUAUAUAAAGAGAAGGUUUUUGUGAUUUUCAUGUACUCUGUUUCCUUUACUUUUAUUCCUUACGAGGUCCAAUCUGAUCAGAAAGGCAUCCACCAUAAAGAUCAACGCUGGAGCAUUUCUAUUCCAGUAUGUGCAAAGUUACAAUCGCUAAAUCUUUGUUUAUUUUUGGCUACAUUGCUCCAAAUAAAGGGCUCUGUUUUUCACCAUGAUUGCAUAAUCUAGUGGCUCUGGUUUUUUCGGGUAACUUGUCACAGAUUUAGCCAACGCAAGUAAUUGAUAUUAAACCUUGCAGUAAGGUUGUUGAAGGAGAGAAGCAUUGGUAGGGAGCCAAAGUCAUGUUUCGGUCAUCACCACAUAGCAGCCAGAGAUCAAAAGGUUUCAAGGUGAAGCAUGCUUUACAAAUAGGUCUUCUGCUAGGUGUUGGAAUCUGGCUGCUUUGCCAAGUCGGGCAUUCUUAUGAGAAGAAAGCUGCAGGCGACGACAAUGUCAAAACUGAGAAUGCCAUUAUAAAACUAGGAAGAAAAGGGCUACCUGAAGCUGAGGAAACUAUCGUUAGAGAUGUGAGGCACAGAGAGGAAGAAGAAGAAAAAACUAAGCCUGACAACAACGUGGGAACUGGAGGUGGCGACCAUGAUAUCCAUGAUCGUAUUAAAGAAUGUGACCGAAGGGACGAUUCCACAGAUGGAGAAAGCAAGGAGAAUGUUGGUGGAGAAAGAGAGAGGGAGGAUAGCUCUGAUAAUCACCAGACAGAGAAGGAAGAGAUCAAAGACAAUGUUAGCGAAGAUAAUGGAGGAGAAGAGAAAAAAGUGAAUGAAGAAACUGCUAAUGGAGAAAGCAAAGAGGGGGAAAAUGAAGGUAAGGAGAAUGAAGAUAACAAAGAGACAGAAAGCGAAGAAAAGCCAAAUCAAGAGAGCCCAGAAAUCACAAAUGAAGAGAAGAAAACUGUCGAAGAGACUCGAGGAAUUACAAUUAAAGAUGUUGUAGAAGAAAGCCAAGGUGCAGAAUCUAAAGAGACAGAAGACAAGGAAGAGAAGAUUGAAAAUUCUGGUUCAGCAGAAGAUCAGGUUCCUGACGGAAAUUACGAACAUAGUAGGGAGGCUAGAGAAGAGCAUUACAAGGGAGAUGAUGCUUCCAGUGCAGUUGUUCAUGAAACUCAAGAUGAAAUCCCUAGAGAAGAGCAUUACAAGGGAGAUGAUGCUUCCAGUGCAGUUGUUCAUGAAACUCAAGAUGUAAUCCCUAGAGAAGAGCAUUACAAGGGAGAUGAUGCUUCCAGUGCAGUUGUUCAUGAAACUCAAGAUGUAAUCCCUAGAGAAGAGCAUUACAAGGGAGAUGAUGCUUCCAGUGCAGUUGUUCAUGAAACUCAAGAUGUAAUCCCUAGAGAAGAGCAUUACAAGGGAGAUGAUGCUUCCAGUGCAGUUGUUCAUGAAACUCAAGAUGUAAUCCCUAGAGAAGAGCAUAACAAGGGAGAUGAUGCUUCCAGUGCAGUUGUUCAUGAAACUCAAGAUGUAAUCCCUAGGGAAGAGCAAGGUGAUCUGGAGAAGACUAGUGAGUUGGAGCAUGUGGAGAACAAAGAAAAGAACGAGUCUGAAUUUGGCAGCAAAACAAGUAACACUGAGAUAGUUGAUGUCAAUCAAAAUGAAGUUUCAAAUGGUGAGCCAGUGGAUAAAAACAAUGCCACAAGUCCUGCAAACGAAGAAAGUGGCAAUGAAAAUAAGCAAGAGUCGGAGGAGGAUUCCCAUGAUACAUCCACAAUAGCAACAGAAAAGAAUGAUCAGCAGCUGUUAAAGUCUAACUCCAAUCCAGUUACAUCAGAAAAUCAUGAUUCCUCACCACAAAAUCAAAAUGAAACGCCAGAUAUCACCAUGUUAAAGGGAGAGGAGCCGAGUAUGAAUGACGUUGUACAUGUACAAACUGAGAAAUCUGACUCAGAUGCCAGUGGCCAGCAUUCAGAUUCAAAUGAGACACCUCUCACUGCAACUGAAAAUGUAGAUUUAACUAAUCAAGAAUCAACAGGUUCUAGCAAUUCUGAAUCUAUUUCAUCUAACGAGCAAACUGCUGACUCCAAUAAACCUUCAUCAGCAAGCCAAUAUGAUGAUGCAGUCCAGGGUGAAAAAUCUGAUAGUUCUGAAGAGGGAAAUCCAGAAAUUGUUGCAUCGUCGAACACAAAUGAGAAUUCAGAUGAUGCAGUGCAGAAGGAAAAUGUUGAUUCUUCGAACCCUCAAGAGGAAGAAACAUCAAAAAAUACAAACAACAAUGUGGAUGCUGACCAAAAGGAACAAGUUGUUUCUUCAGGAUCCCAAGAGAAAGAUGUGUCUUCGAACUCAAAAGAUAACGGUGACUCUGCCCAGAAUCAGAGUGAGAGUUAUGUUCACAGCAACACAGAUGACCGUACAGUUGCAAGCCAAGAAGAACAUGUUGAUUCUAACAACAGUGAAGCUAAUCAGAAUGAGAACAACAAUGCAGUUGAAACCCACGUAAAUGACAAAAGCAACACACAUACCAGCACAGAUGCAAGCCAAGAACAAGUUGUUUCCUCUGAAUCUUCAACAUCCCAAAUACAGAAAGAUGAAUCCUCAAACACAGACGAUGUCAGCCAGAAUGACUCAAAUAAUUCUUCUCAAAAGGAUGCAGUUGAUUCUUCAAAUUCUUCAGUUUCUGAAGAAAAAAAAGAUGCUCGGACAGAUUUUGGAACCUUGCCAGAUACAGGAAGCCAAGAAAUUAAUGGUGGGGAUGCAGCAGCAGAGUGAUUCUUUUUUUUUUUUUUUUACUUCCUGCUAGAAUAUAGUAUACUUAGACAAUUUAAUAAUUUGUUACCUUAUUUUCCCUCAGAUAAUCAGGAGAAUUUGUAAGGCGUGUGUUUGUUGUUGUGCUUCAUUGCAAUAAUAGUGCAUAAGGAGUCGUACUGUUUUCUGCUUUAUUGAGACAAGCUGUAAAUUAGAAAAUUGUGGCUUUGAUAUAAGUAAUGAGAGAUUCCAAAUUUCCUUCCA